AUGGCGGUCGGAUCUGCGAGGGACAAGUUCCCCAACGACUUACUUCUGGUGCAGUUCCUGCGAUCAGCCAAGAGAUGCGCCGGCCAGGGGCCUUACAUCUACGAUCACUUUGGCUUUGAGAAGACGCUUGAGGAGCUCAUUGCAGAUAUCCUGCGAACGCGCGACCUCAUGCGCCAGCAGUUACCGGCGUCUGCAUUCAGCGACCGAGGCAUCUUUGACGACAAGAGGCCGUAUGUUGCGGUGCUGACAAGGAGCGGCUAUGAGUUUAUCGUGGCCUUUUUUGCGACUCGAGUGCUGGGAGGAGCGGCGAUGCCAUUUGGCUCUGGUAUCCUCCCCGAAGAGGCGCAACAUUUCGUCGACAACGCAGAGUCACUCUGCAUCCUGGCUGGCAAAGACUGCUACGAAAAGGCAGAGCGAAUUGCGUCCCUCUCCGGCAUCCCAACGGGUCUCAAGCCCGUAGCCAUCCCCAUCUCAUGCAAUGCCGAGCCCGUAGGCGCAAUCAACAUCACGAUUGAUGAGACGCUUAACAUGGACCCUCGUGGCCCGGGCCUGGUCAUUUUCACGUCUGGCACGACCGGACCGCCAAAAGGUGCUGUUCUUCCGCGAAUAUGCAUGGUGUUUCAGCCAGAUGCGCCUCCAAACUGCCAGACGGUAUGCUUUCGACCGCCUCACUGGCUUGGUGGCGCAAUCAGCCUGGUCGAGCCCAUGCUCACCGGCAAGAAGCUUCACAUCCUCAAGGAGCGGGCUGGAGUAGGACGCAUCUGGGAAGUCCUGCGCAGUCACCACAUCACUGGAACGGGAUUCACGCCGGGCAUCUUGCGCGAGAUGAAGGAGUGGCUGGAGGCACAGAGCGAGGAUGAGCAGGAGGAGUAUAUCAAAGCGUUUCGCAAUAUCAGCGUCAUUCAUUGCGCCGGCGCCAUGGUCUCGCCGUCAGUGUUGAAGUUUUGGAAGAACAGAACCGGAUUGCCGUUUAAUAAUGUUUACGGAUCGACAGAGGUUGGCGGCCUGGCGACAUACAAGCUUCUUGACGGUACAGAACGGUCGGAUGCAAUUGGCGCUGCGUUUCCCGGCAUUGAAGUCAAGCUGACAGAUGGCGAUCACGGAGAAAUCUGUGUCAGGAGCCCAUUCAUGCUUACGCACUACAUUGGAGACAAAGAAAAAUCAAAAGCCGCUUUCGAUGCCGAAGGGUAUUUUAAGACGGGAGACUUUGCGGAAUUGAAGAAUGGCGAAUUCAUCUUCUCUGGCCGCGCCAAUGCUGACUAUAUCUUGUUUCGACACUACCGAAUACCGAGUGUCCAAGUCGAGGUUGUACUUACAGCUCUCCCCUACGUAACCGAAGCCUGCGUUUUGGGCGUGCCAGAUAAUGAAGCCAAGGAAAUAUGCGCCGCCGUCGUCCGUCUCACUCCAGAGCAAGAGCAGCUACAGAGCAGGCAUUCUGAGCAGAUAAUUAACCUCGCACGCCUCCGAAAAGACAUGAACGAAGCACUACCGAAAUACAUGCUCCCUGUGUUGGUGAAGAUUCUUGGUCCCGGGGAAGAGAUGCCGCAGACGGUUUCGCAAAAGCCUAUCAAGAGUCAGAUCAUCAAGAAAUAUUUUGGCGUGGACAGGUCGUGGUCUGCUGAGAAGUCUGUUCGUGGGGUGGAGUAUUGGGGAAGCAUGCCUGCACCGGUAGAGGCGGACACGAAGUUGUGGGAUUGGCUUGGCUUACAAAGGGCUGAUUUUAAGGGUGAAGCUUGA